AUGAAAUCUCUGUCUACUGGACGGAAGACACUGAAAAGGAUCCCAAGAAAAUACAUUUAUUGCAAGUGCACAGAGUCCUUCUCAACGGGAUUUGCUGGCAUUGCACCCAACAACUUCUCCCCUAACAGUCGAAGGUGGCUUCACAAACCAGAUAAAAUAAAAUAUCCUAAAUCAGAAGAACCAGAUGAAGAUGAAGAGCUCUUCACCUGGGAUGUAUUUACUGAAGAGGAGAAACCAAAAGGUCUUUAUAUACCUCCCAGUAUCCAUGAGCAAUCUGAUGGUACAGUGCUGGCCAUGUGUAUCACAGGAACUGCUUCAAAAGAUUCUCUUGUCAUGUGGAUCCGGGCUUUGCAAAGAACUAAUCCUAAACUGAAAGAGAUCCCCGUUGUGUUCAAACUGAAAACACCAGAGACUCUACCAGACAUUGUAGAACAAGAAAACAGAACAAAUCUACCAGCAUUAUGA